AUGGCACCUGGCAGAGGCUGCUGUGCCCUAGCCGUCCUGCUGGCAAUUGUGGACAUCCCGCCUGGUGGAGGCAUAAACAUCACCAGCUCAGCUUCCCAGGAAGGAAAACGACUAAACUUAAUCUGUACUGUGUGGCAUAAGGAAGAAGAGGCUGAAGGGUUUGUAGUGUUUUUGUGUAAGAACAGGUCUGAGGACUGUUCCCCUGAGACCAGCCUGGAACAGCUGAGACUUAAGCGGGAUCCUGGGAUAGAUGGUGCCAGUGAAAAAUCAUCUCAGUUGGUGUUCACCAUAAACCAAGCCACACCGUUGGACAGUGGGACCUACCAGUGUUGUGCCAGAGGCAAGAAGCCAGAUAUUCUCCUUCAGGGCCAUUUUUUCUAUGUUCAAGUCACAGAGACAGGGAACUAUACAGUGACGGGACUGAAACAAAGACAACACUCUGAGCUCAGCCAUAAUAAAGGCACUCUCAGUUCAGGCUUCCUACAAGAAAAGGUCUGGGUGAUGCUGGCCACCAGCCUGGUGGCCUUUCAAGGUAUGAGAGAUCAAAACCUCAUAAUGUCCUUUGGAUCUGACAAGGCUCUAUUUUGA